UGACCUGAGCCUCCUUGCUCCCGGCCUGCAGCUCGGACCUCUUUCAUCUAUUGUCUUGAUCACCUCAGGCUUGGCACGCUUUCUCUCCUUGACGAGAGCUGCCCAUCUCCUCUCCACGAGGUUCCUUAUCUCCUACCUCUCACACUCGCUCUGAGCCUGACUUGUCCCCUCGAACGCGGAAGUCUGGCACGCAAACAAUACCUCAAGUGCGGGUCUUCCCAUCAUGGCAUCUGCCUCAAGCGAGCCCAAGAAGCGGCAACAAGGCUUUGCUAUCUCUUCCACCCUUGCUCCGAACCAGCAGCCAGCUGCAGUCGGUAGCGCUAUCAGUCCUGCCUUUGCUUCUCCUGCCGCCAACUCAUCGUACAUUGACACAUCCUACCUGCUGGAUGACGAGAUGUGGAGGACCAUGACUGUGGACACAGAUAUAUCCAAGAGACGUAGUCAGGAGCCAGCUCUGCCCACGCCGAGUGAGGAAAACAGCCAGGCCGACGCUGUCAUGGAAGAUCUGAGCAGCAGGGGUUCAGUAGCAAAUGAUCAGCCUCAGACUCAACCUCAAGGUCCUCGCUACCCAUGGGACGACGGCCUUCAACAUCUAGAUGAUUGGCUGGGCUUGCCGCCUUGGACAGGUGCUGGGGACGGCAGCAGCACUUCCGCCAUUACGCCUGACAAGAUCGGUCACACCGGAACCAUCGACAGGGCCUCGGCCGUACUGGCAGUAACGCCUGACUCAAGUAGGGCAACUGCCCAGCGCGCUGCGCCGCGGCUCGAUGGCUCGCCGUUCACCGAGAGUUCAUUCUCUACGGGCGAGUCGAUGAGCAGCAGUGAGCAGACGACUUCUGUGCAGAGCUCGAGUGUCAUCUCAUCUUCCAGCCCCAUGCCCAGGCUAUCGUCCACUGCUCCUGUUGAGAAGCCAGUUCAGCAAUCAUCGGCGACGACGACCUCUAAGCCCAAACGUCAACGCAGCGUCACCGUGAACACGUCUACCACGGCGCCGGAAUCAGUCUCUACCAUAUUGGAGAACUCUCGAACUGGCAGGACCUCCACAAGCGGCGCAUCCAGUAGUCGAAGGGCCGUCUCUGCCAAUGGACGCAGCGACGGAGCAAAUAAAGACACCAAAGCAUCUGCCUCUGCCGAUCGCAAUGCACUUGCCAAAGAAUCCACCAAUGGUGGCGUCGGCAAGGCCACCCGGGUCAAGACAGGACGCACGCGAAGAACAUCCAUAGGCCCUGCUGCUCAGGUCGGCAGCAGCACUGGCAAGAAAGGCUCACCUAGUAGUGCUCCUUUGCACAUUGACACUGCUUCAGCGGCGGCAACGAUGUCUAGCGGCCCUCAGACAUUCAGCGGCAUCCCGACGAUGGCAUGGAACUCCUCGCCGUGGCCAGCAGGGAUGUAUCACCAUCCACCACCACAUUGGGGACAUUUCGCUCCCGGAGGACUGCCGUACGGCACCUUUCCGCCAGGCUGGCCAGUCUGGGGUUCGCCUCAGUCCAUGCCCAUGCAUCCUGCUUGGAGUCUUCCAAUGAACGGCAGCUACAUCGCCACUCCAACUCCAGGAGGCUCAAGCAUGCACAAUGGAUGGCCUGCUGAUGCCAACGCCGAUGGCUCUCUUUCCCCGGCCGUUGCGCAAUCACUCUCUCUUCCGAUGACGAGUUCUAUGCAAGGCAUCUUCAGCAGUAUGCGAGGUCUUCAUGUCGGCACCGCAGGAGUCGGCCUCGAGGAUGACAACACACAGCACCUGCAGGCAUCCGACGCUGUCCGCCCGCCUUUCCAACCUACUGGCCCGACUAACUCUUGGAGUGAGGCGGAGACAACGCUGGCGAAUCGGGGCCCUGCUGAUAGCGGUCAUCAGAAAUCACCCUUGGUAUCGUUCGGUUCAGAUGGUCAACAGGACGGCGCUUUCCCCUGGAACCUGGCAAACCUCGGUCACACAGCGCCUUCCGAGGCCGCUAUGAAGCCCUCAUCUCAGAGCGACUGCGACGAGCGCCUGAACGAAGACUCAGCCAUGCGCAAGGACGGAUCCAGACGAUCCACUUCUACCUCGCCACCCGCUGUGGGUGUGGCUACUUCUCGUGCGUCAAACUCAUUGUCCACGACAACCGCUGAAACACCGGGUCAUCAGCGAAAGUCGUCUCGUUCCCUUAAUAGGACAGGCAGUAUGCGCGGGAGCAAGCUGGAGGAUGUACCCGAAGGUGAAACUGUUCAUUCACAUAGUCCGCCCGCGUCCUUCUCCAGGGGCAGAGUGGCCGCACCCAAUGCCCCAACGCUGCAGAACAAAGCAGGCUCCUCGGCCGAGCCGGGCUUUGACAAUGCUCGUCGCUUGUCAGACACUAGAAGGGUUCAAGCACCAGGCAAGAUCGAGGACAGCAAGAAGAAGAAGGUAGCAGUGCAAGAAGACGACGACGACGAUGGAGAGGACGACAAUCUGCUUGACGGCGACGAUGAUGAUGAUGACGAUGUCGAUGAGGAUGAUGACGCCCACGAAGACAGCGCCAUGCCUUCUCGCAAACCGACGCGAGGCCGUGGUAGCGGAUCUAGUCGUCCGGUGCGCUCCGAGCAGGAGCGUCGCAAGCGUCGAAGAGAAUCUCACAAUCUCGUCGAACGACGACGUCGCGAUACAAUCAACGAGCGCAUUGCGGAGCUGGCAUCUCUUCUUCCGGAGGCCAUGCUCCUCGACGCCAUCGCUCAUAGUCAAGGCGGCGGCAACAACUCCAAGGUGGUACAAGUAGCAGUUCCAGAGGAGAUUCUCAGCCGACUCAACUCUGCAGGCAGACAUGAGAUGGGUGGAGGGUCUACUUUGGAUAUCCUGUCCCUUGCUUCAGCACCAGCCAAUUCGGAAACACUUGCUUUGGCGCAAGCUCGCCCCAACAAGGGCAUCAUCCUUCGCAAGUCCGUCGACUACAUCCGAGCCCUGCAAGAGUUCAUCGAGCAGCAAGGCAAGCAUGCAAGGAUGUUGCGUGAAGAAGUGGAACGAGUCACUGGUCUCUUGGAAGAGAGCAAGUCGAAUGGUGGAGACCUGCGUUCGGAAGAUGCGGCUGAUGAGCCGGGCGAGACGAAGCGACUAUGGCCUACGGCGUAUGGAGUUGAACACACUGCAUACACUCGAUCGGGAAGGGACGAUGCUCAUCAUGACCAGCUCCCGCGCUUGGGUCUGUUUCGAGCCAACCAUGACGGAGGGGACCAACACGAGGGGGAGCAGAGCACAGACGACUCGCCUGCCUCUGGUUAUCCACAAUUAGGACCCGGGCAGAGCCCACCGCCUACCUUGGCUGAGUGGCUCGCCGCUGCACACAGCCAUCAGCAGCAGUCCGUAAAGGGAAAGAUUGACGUUACAACGGCGAAGCGUGAUUCGAUGGACGAGGUUGAAGGAAGAAACGAAGCCAUGACUUUCUGAGGUGAAAUCCGGCGAGUGCCACUUGGCGCCAGCAAAUGUCUAUAACGCCUUUUGUGUUUUAUGUGUACCUGUGUAAUCUUUCACUCU